CAGGUGGAUAAUGAAGUUCAAAGAGAUGACUGGAACGAUAAUUCUAAUGCCUAUAAUAAACGAGCUUGGAGUAGCUUACAUGGUGGUUGGGGACUGAAAAGAAGCAUCCCAACCGUUCUAGAGCACAAUAUAUAUUCAUCUCCACCUAUAGUACAAAAAAGAUCUUGGCAAAAUUUUCAGAGUGGUUGGGGCAAGAGAACGAAACCCGAUAACAAAGUAGAUCUUCAAGAAAUGGCAACUUUGUUAGAGCAGCAUGACGAACCUCUUCUCUUUGAUUCCGAAAAUGACUAUGAUUUGCACCGAGAAGACAAAAGAAAGAAUUGGGCAAAAUUCAGUGAUGGCUGGGGUAAAAGAAACAAAUGGGAAAGUUUUAAAGGUGCUUGGGGUAAAAGAGAACCAGCAUGGGUAAAUUUAAAAGGACUUUGGGGAAAGAGAAGUGAAGAUAACAGCUACAUCAAUUAAAAUUUAAUUCCAGUAUACAUUUUAAUUAAAGGUCUUGCCACCUUUGAUAAUCAAAAGUCUGUACGGGAAACCAACUCUAGCGUUAAGAAAUACAAACUUUUUGUUUAUGUGUAUAUAAGUAUCAUUUACAAACUAGAAACUAAUACAAACUGACAAAAUUCUUAAUGUUUUAAAUCAAUCUAAAAACAUAGUUUAGAUCAAAAAUUUGCUGUUUAAUUAUCAUGAAAUGGGACACAUUUUUCAUUAUUGCAAAUGGCAUUUGUUGAAAAUUGCACUAAUUAUUGACUUGUAUGUAUGUUUAGAUAAAAAAAUAACUAAAUUAUAAACAAUAUUGCUAAAUUCAUUUACACUACAAAAGCUGAUCUUAAAAUAUUAUCUAUUUAUACGAAUCAACUGAAUUUCUUGUCUAGUUAUAUUUCACGUAAGACUAUACUUAUUUUGUCUCUUCUACUACCUGUAAUCUUAAAAAAGAAUGUUUUAAAACAAAACUGUUUUCAUAUCCUGUUGAUGACUUUCCAUUUGGUACUAUUGGCUUCUUUUUCUUCUUCUCUUCUGCUUCAGCCUUUUGGUAUCCACUAACAAGGUCUCUUAAUCAACUCUAUACUCUUCUCAAAUCUGUGCUAUUUGAUGCCGUCUAGCUACUUAGCUUUAUAUAAGUUGUGCAAUUCUUCCAAUUAUAUCUUUCACCUUCAAGCUGUUUCGCACAUCCUUGUUUUCUUCAGAUUGUCUUGCAAAAACUCCUAAUACAGCUCGUUCAAUAUCCUUCUCUAUUGUUCAUAAUCUAUUGGCUGAUAACUCUGUAAAUGUCACGGUCUUCAGUCUAUAGGUUAAACCGAUCGGCUACAACUAUUGAAUAGCCAUUUAUUUAAAUUUAUUGGUAUCUUUUUGUUUUUCAACACAACAAUGGGUCUUCUUACCGCUACCCAAGUCAUUCAUAUAUUUUUAGUGAUUUCCGUCGUUUGAUUGCAAGUGUAAUCAAUUUUGGAGAGUUCGUGUCUUCCGUCUCCUUGUUUAACUUUAAACCAAAGUUUUUGCUUGUUAUUAGACAUUUUGCUACAGAGUUGCAUUGUCGUUAUACAUUUUAGCAGCAGUUUAUAUCUGGAAUCAAUCCUUGUUUUAUUUAUUCGUUUAUUAUUAUUAUUAGCCCAGAGCUCUAUGGAAUCGAAUGCCUUAUUGUAAUCUACAAGUACUAAAUACAGAGAUUUGCUGUAUUCGUUAGACUUUCCUAUAAGUUUCCGUAUUGUCUGCAGGUGUUCUAUGGUACUAUAGCCUUUUCGAAAUCCCGCAUGUUCACCAGGUUGGUGAUUAUCGAACGUAUGUGAUAGUCUGUUGGUAAUUAUUUUGGUAAGCAGUUUGUACAGAUGUGGUAGCAGGCUUAUUGGUCUGUAAUUUUCGGUUUUUUGUUUGUUUCCUUUCUUGUGUCGUAAAAGUACCUGUGCAUUUUGCCAAGAGGUGAAAUAGAAUCUCCACUAUUGUAGAAAGUCAAAAUUAAUUUCGAUUAGGAGCAUUAUAUAUUAUUUUUACAUUUUUAACAAGAGCUACCCAGCGUAGCCUAGGGCUUAAGAUUUCUAGAUAAUUAUUUUGCCUAAUGUUGGAAUCUGAAUAUAUUUUACGUCCUAGAUAUGUCGCUCCUUAUUCGCCUUAGUCUUGGCCUAUCCCUACUUAGAUUUUCUUUGAGCAAUCCUAAUAUGGUUAGUCUGGAAAGAUAAUUUUCAUUUGUCUUACCUGCUACUACUAACUACUAAUUCUUAUAUAAAAUAUAUCAUUUCUGCCAUCUGGCUUUGUUGAUACUUUCUAUAGAUCUUUAAGUUCUAUCACCUUUUCCUGAUGUUAGCACAUAUUGCUUCUUCAGAUCUUUUGUUUGAAGAUUAAUAGUGUCUUGUUUCUAAAAUUACGGCAUAUUGAGCUUUUUUUAUUUAACUUAAUUCCUGAAACCACUGGAUGUCACUCCACCUAGAAACAAGAUAUACGAAAGUAUAAUUAUUUGAAUAAUAAAAUGAAAAUGAAAAAAAAAACAAAUUAUGGCAAUGCUGAAUUCUCUAUACAUUACUUUCUCUAGCUAUUAAUAGUUUCUAUAGCAUUUUUAAUACCAUAUGAUUGAAUUUGCGUUGUUCCUAAAUUCGUUUAUGUGCCAUAUUAGUUAUCUGGCUUGAAAAUAUGGUAUACUUUGCUGACCUAAAGAUUGUUAAUACUAUGUUCCCAUACAUUAUGUAUUCGUUCAAUUUGAUUAUUUAAUUUCUCUAACGAUUUUACUUUCUUUGGGAUAUUUUACUCAAUGUAUGUUUUGUUCACUUUAUUUCAAAAUAUUGUGCAAUCUUUCACAUCGACGAGUCUUUUUCUGGCCUAAAGAUGUAGACUUUGUGAUUUUUUUAAGGUAUAUCCCGGAAUUAUAUUAUUUGUUUAUUGUUUUUUCUCGUCUACUGACUAGUUGUUCUCUAUCAUCCAUGUUAUUGGUAGGAUUUGUCUUUCUCAAUUAUAUUUAACAAUUCUUCUUUUUAGGACCCUCUUGGUCUACCUCAUUUUAUUCUACUGGGCGUAAUCCUUUUUUCUCUCUUUUGGCUUCCUAUUUUCAGGUAUUCUCUGCAGAUAUCUAUAUCGGUUUAGUCUUUUGUACUUGAUUUUUAUUGUAUUUUUAUUGUGAGGCCCCACUUCGUGUACUCCUCUUCCAGUUUUUUAAGCAUACAGUGUAUAUCGCUCUUCCCUUCAGUUAGAAUGGCUUGGUCGUCAGCUAAGUGUAUGGUGUAUUAUCUGUCGUCUUCGAUUGGAAUACCUAUAUUGCAGCACUUUCUUUUUCACAAUGACAGCGCCUCAUUCAGAUAAAUUUUGAAGAGUGUAUGUGCUAUGCAGCAGCCUCGCUUUGGACCUUUACUAAUAGAAAUUUAAACUAUUUAAUUUUAUUUCUUAACUCCUAAAUUCCGAUAAGACUUUUUAUAUUCUACGUAUUUUUUGUGUCGGCACUUUUGAAAGUAAUAAUACAAUUCUAGAUUCAUCCAAAUUUAAGCCACAUAGUUGUCUCUUAAGUAAGGCGAAAAUUCACUCAUCACAGAUACCUAAAGUAUCAUAAAAAUUGACCUUCAAUGGGACCAUUCCGAGUAUGUUUUUAUUAUCUUUCGAGCUCUAGAUGACCUUGUAAAUUGAAAUACCUCCCAUAUAUUUUCUUACCCAUAUGGACAUCGCAAGCAGUAUUGCUUUUCUCAGGUCUCUUAUACAGAUUGGCAUCAAGACUAGAACAUAUUCCUAAGAAACUUUUUGAAAUGACAGAAGUAGUUAAGAGAUUGAUUGGUAUUAUUUUGAACCUUUCUAUUAUCCAUUGUCUCCUGAUUUGCGUUCAAGCCCUUAAUAUUAUCAAUUUUAUCACUGUGUUUGUUACUUACUAUUCUGAUGAUUUCUUUCUUUUUAUUAUUGUUAAUAUAAUAUAUAAAACUCAUUAAACUUAAUAAUCUAAUUUUGUUUGUCUUAAAAAAGUGUAAAUAUUAGAUAAUUAUAAAAAUGUGUCCAAUUUAUUAUAAAAAAAUCCAUGUUCAUAAGAAUAUUGAGAAUUGCCUUUGCAUUUUUAAAAAGGAUUUUAAUUAUAACUUACAAUUUAAAUAUAUUAUAUGUGAUUAAGUGUGAAUGUAUCCAACAUUGUAAUUAAAUAAAUUUAUCAUGCUGGCAUCCAU